AUGGCGUCCCUCUCUACGAUGCGGCCACUGGGCUGCUUACGGUCGCUAUGGAAGGCUCCAGAUAUGAUCCAGUCUCAGAUCACUCGCCGUUGUCUCUCAACGGUCUACUCACAGCGUCCCAAGCGCGUGCCUCUUCCCCAAGGCGUCCCCGAGCAGUUCCUCUCCCAAUUACCGACUCGCAUGCGUCCGGAAAAUACCCCCAAACCCAUCAAAGUCUUCAACCCUCCACCCUCCGCUCGCAAAGCAUGCAAAGAUCCCGUCGCCAAGGUCACCGAGUCGCAAUUGGAGACUCUCGAUCCCAAGGGUGAGCGCAAGGCUCUCUUUGAUUACCGUCGGAAUCCGCGCAGUGUGAGGCCCGGUGACAUUGUCCGAGUCACAUUUAAGAAUGGCGAUCCCUUCAACGGCGUGGUUCUGAGCAUCAAGCUCCGCGGCAUCGACACGUCCUUCUUGCUCCGUAACGAGCUCACUCGCGUCGCUGUCGAGAUGUCAGUGAAGGUGUUCAACCCGAACAUUCAGAGUGUCGAGAUUGUCCAGCGAGCACAGCGCAAGAUCCGCCGCGCAAGAUUAUACUACAUGCGGUCUCGUAAGCACGAUCGCCGCAGUGUGGAGAACAUUGCCAACGCCUACGUCCGCCAAAAGAAGGCUUUCAUGGGUGCUGGUAGCAGGAAGUGA